GGGUGGCAGUAAAGAGCCACGACUCUCACUGCCAUUUAAGAAGAAGACUACUUCUGUGACGUUAGUUAUUCAUAAACAACAUAGCUCGUGGGCUUUCUAUUACGGUAUCUGGUUUGUUUGCUUGCUUUAAAUAUGCUGAAAAAGAAACCAAGUGGUUCGGAAAAGAAAAGAAAACACUCGCACUCCGAAGAACGACAAAACACCAACAAACGCCGCAGCUCAGAGUCACAAUUAGAGGACUCCAAAGAUGAGCUCGCCGACUCCGAGCUGGACCGGGUCGGCAGCGACAUCGAGGAAGGCGGCCUCGACCUCAGCGUGCCCUUCCAGCCAAUCAAAGCUUACAUCAGCAACAAGCGGGAGAUGCUGCAGCAGUGCUUCCACGUGUUGGGGGAGAAGAAGGUCCGGAAGAUGCUCCCCGAUGAGCUCAAGGACUGCAGUUUAGAAGAAAUCAAAACUCUCUGUUGGGAGCAGCUGGAACCAAUCUCAGAGAAAAAUCUCACUCAAAUUUUAGCAGGAGAAGAGAUAGCAGCCGGAAACAGUGAUGGAGGGACUUUAGAGAACCAACAGGAUAACAAUGUUGACUCCACUUCCUGCUUGAAAGAAAGCUCUAAAACCGAUGAUGUAAAACAAGAGGGAGGUGGCUCUGGCGAGGAGAGUGACGUCCUGAGCAUAAACGCAGACGCUUACGACAGCGACAUCGAGGGGCCGAAGGAGGAGCAGGCUGUCAAAGCCGACGAGGUGGUCGCGAAACCGGACAACGGCGGCGGUGAGCAAUCUGACCGGGCCUCCGUAAACCCCAAGCCAGCAGCUCCAGGGACAAAGAAGGACAUUCAGAGCGACAUAGACAAAAGCGUCAGCGAAAUCUUGGCUCUCUCUUCAACGUCGACUAAAGAGGAAGCUGUGGAAGCGAGCAGCGGGACGUCGCAGCCCGCGGCCGUCGAAGUGGCCGCUCAAGGCGGAGCUUCAGUUUGUUCGCCGUCGAUCCAACAGCUGGAGCUGCUGGAGCUGGAGAUGAGGGCGAGGGCCAUAAAGGCUCUGAUGAAAGCUGGAGACAAGAAAAAACUUUGUAUGACAAACAACAUUUAGCCCGUUUUGCUGAAAGUUGUAUUUAAUUCUUUCCAUGUAGAGCUUUUCACAUUUGACUUGAAGUCAUAUGACAAGUUAUUUUAAGACAUUACGGAAUGUCUCCAUCAUUAAAAUAUUGUUGUUUUGCAUAUAAUAGUUAUAAAGUGCGUUAUGGGAUCAGAGUUCCUGUGCGGCUUGGAAAAGUCUGGAAUUCAUUCGCAGGUUUUCUGAGUCUGGAUUUCUAUGGAAAAAGAAAAUGGAGCAUGGAAAAAUACUGCUUGCAGAUUCUCCAUGCCAUUCUUUAGUAAUUUUCUUUAUUUGUUUCUUCUCUCUUUACACCUCUACUUCUUUCUACUUUUGUUUUCCUUUUUCUCUCAUCACCCCUGUUUCUUCUUUCCUUUUGUGUCUUUUCAAUUCUGCCUUUCUUUAUUUUUCCUUCCUUCUUCUCUGUCAUCAACCCUGCUUAUUUUCUUUUCUUCCAUAUAUCUUCUUGCUUCCAAGACCUUCCCUUCAUUCACCUUUUCCAUCCUUGUUUGCUCCCGUUUUUCCUUCAUGCCUUCCUACUUUCACUUGUCCUUUUCUUCUGUUUUGACUUUCUUCCUCACUGCCUCACUUUCUUGUUCCCUACUCGAAAAACAAAGAAAGUAGACUUGACUUCUUCCAUUAAUCCUUAACGCCUUUCUCUCUGUCAAUUCAUAGUGAACUUUUUUAUUUGUACUUGAAAAGAAGUGUAAAAAAUUAGAAUUUGUCAAAUUUCAACCUGGAAAAGUUAAGAAAGACAAGUGGUCAUUUCCCUUUACGGUCACUAGAUGGCAGUGGCACUCUGUCCCCGAAGAGUGCAGGGACGCUUGACUGCAGUAACCUGUGCAGAGGACAUCCACUGUAUAGAUUUCAGUGCCUCAUCUUACAGUGAUACUGCAGCUCCCAUUUAGCCAGCAUUAGAACUGAACAUUACUGGGAGCAGCUAUUUGAAAUGAAGCAGUGUCCAGUCUGUUGGAGUAUUUAGAGCCAGGUCAAAGUUUUCACGCUAAAACCACAGAGUAUAUUACAAACUCUGCCUCUUUAAGUCUAAUUCUGAUUUCUAAAGUUGUUUGAAUUCACGCCAUCCUUUCAUUCAAAGGGUUUUUCUGUCAGUUUGAUAAAGAGUUGCUUUGUCUGAAUAUCAAUUGUUCAGUGUUUGUACGAGGCUACGCUUUCAGAGUGAAAUAUCCCUGCACCCUGCCGCCGCCCCUGCAGCACUCAAUGAAAUGUGCAGUAAGAACCCAGUUGCCUCUUCAAGCUAUUUGCAUUUAAAAGGUUUAUUUCAUGGUAGAGGUGAGGGUGGGAGGGUUAAAUGUGUCAUUUUCUGUGUAUUUAUCCAAAGGUGUCUUAGCGUUCCCCAAGGAUAGAAAAGAGGGGGAAAAAAAAGUCUACUUUGGUAAAGACGUCGAGAUGCUUGUUACGUCUGCGUCUGGUGUCCUUAUACCACCAUUAGAAGGCCAAUUACGAUCCGGUUGGCAUGAAUAAAACAUCACCCCAGAACAUACUUGUAGGCUGAAAAAUAGUUGAUGAUACUUUUUCAGACGAACCCUAUGAUCCAUGUUAAAAUAUUGAGCCCCAGCAUUUUCAAAGUGAAAAGAAGGUCAUACUUAAAGAACGAGAACAGUUCAUCUGUUUUGACGACACCUUUCAUUUAAAUUGGCAUUUGAAUCAAGGUCCUCUGACGGUGAGAAUUUUUUUCAAUUACCCUGUCAUUGUUAAGGUCAGUAUUUUACAGAUGCUUUAUUCUCCAUGUAUUAAAAUGUUUAAUAUCACAAAUCUGAAGUAUGGAACAGAUUCAAGGCUCUGCUAGGUUUGUUGAGCUAAUGUCUAUUUGAGAUAAUCAACAUUAAAGAUGAACAAUUGA